CACUAUAGAUGUGGGACGGGGGCGACGGAAAGAUGGCGGCCGCCGUGGUGCAGAUGUCGUGCCUGUAUCGGGGCAUGUUGGCGGUCAGGGCCGCCGGCAUCAGGCCGCUGAUCCCCGGGCUGGUGCCGGCGCAGUUCCGCGCCUUCUCGGUGCGGAAGGAGCCGCAGCUGGAGGAGAACCCGUUCUUCAGCAAGUACCAGGACAAGAUCCAGCAGCUGCGCAGCACCAAACCGCAGGAGUUCAAGGCUCGACUGGAGAAACGUCAUGAGGCCAAGAAGGAGGUGCUGGGACAGUCGAAGCAGGCGGAGUUCGUCAGGCUCAUGGAGCAGGAGUUGGAGAAACGGGACAAGAUGGCUGCCGACGACGGAGCGUCGGGAGGUUUCACUAAGAACAAGACGCUGGGCUCCAUCCUCAACAUGGAGCUGAUCCAGGACAUGACGGGCGAGGAGAUCUCAGAGCUUUGGAUGAAAUAUUAUUCGACGAAGGACACGAUCAGCGCCGUCAUCCCGACGCAGAACUAUGAGAUGAUUUCCAGCAGGUCGAAGUCGAACGCCAUGUUCCUGUACGCUCUGCCUCAGAACGAGGGCUACGAGUUCUUCCUGGGUCAGUGGUCCGGACACGAGCUGCACUUCACCUCGCUCAUCAACGUCCAGACGCUGGGCGAACACGCUCCCAGUCAGCUGAUCCUCUACCACUACCCGGAGCUGAGGGAGGAGAAGGGCGUCGUCCUCAUGACGGCCGAGAUGGAUCCCAAGUUCAUCACCGUCCACCAGGCUCAGUGCUUGGCCAAUCAGGUGCAGCUGUUCUACGGGACGCAGCGGCAGGAGACGUUCCGACUGGUGGAGACGUUCAACCACAAACCGGCCGACUUCAGACACAUGCUGGUGAUCGCCGAGCUGGAGCAGAGCGGCCUGGGCCCGGCCGUCGCCCCCGGGGGCUCGUAGGGGACGGGCGGACGGAGGUCAGAGGUCACCGUCUGGGGGGGGGGGCAUCUCCUCGUCUCACUCCCAGGAACUGUUUUCAUUUUAAAAGACGCUCGGGAUGAAGUCCAUCCUUAAUGUGAAGUUUGCAGCGGCGACGUCGUCUGUGAUUCAGGACGAAGCUGCUUCUCGUGACACCGUGAACUAGUCUGGGACUCGAUCGUCGAUCAUGUGUGAAGUGUUUAACCAGUGGUAAUUGAUCGGUUCAAUGAUAAAUGAAUGAACAUUUAUAUAUAUAUAUAUAUAUAUAUAUAUACAUACAUACAUACUGUAUCCUACUCUCUAUGUGAUCAGAAUGGACCGAAGGGACUUUAUUAGUCUCCAGAAAACUCUUACAUCAUCCCCCAAAACAAUAAAAUAUUUAAAACUGAAAUAAUUUUUUCUUAAUAUCUUCCCAGAUUUUUCCUCCCGUUGUGAUUUCUUUAAAAAAAUAUAUCACCACCACAUGUUCACGCGUGCCUCUUCUGCAGCUUCUCAGAUCAUCUAAUUUAAACGUUUCCUUUUGAAAACCGAGGUCGGUGGCGUUGUUUUGAGUGUUUUCAGCUCGUGAACCAGCGGUUGAAUCGAGAUGUGACCGGUGUCGUUUUGAAAACUUAUUGAAACGUCGCAACCCAUGACGUCAUCUUUUUGCAGAAAAUUUUCACCCAUCAUCCACUUGACCAGACAUUAAAACAAAGGCUGAUUCUGAUGUCAUAUACCACAUUUUAUCGUUAAAGGGUCAAGGUCACAGUACCAAUUAUCACUGAAUUCUUCUAAUAAUUCUUCAUUCAAUAGGCCCGUCGGUUCAUAGAAUAAAAUCUGUGGCGAACAUAAAAAUGAUAAAGAUGAAGCAAUUUUCCCGCGAAAUGCCAAAAGUAAUGUCAACGUGGCUGAAGUCUGCGUCUCUGAUCCCCUUGUUUUCUAGCAGCACGUCAGAAUCAUGAACACGAGUGAAACUAGUAAGUUUGUAAUUCUCACUUUUAUUGAAUUCGUAUGACAAAAAAAAAAAACACUGUGCAAAUCCCCCAAACAGAGUUCUUCAGGGAUGGUCAGUUAUUCAGUGAAAAACACACAAUUCUCUUCACAACAGCCUCGUCUCUCACACACACACACACACACACACACACACACACACACACACACACACACACACGUACACAC